GAGCCGACUUUUGAUGCCUUCCAACUGGGUGGUCCGGAUGGCUGAUCCGAUCUGGGUUCUAUAAUUUGACGUUUAGUAUGCUUCGCCAUGGCUUCAGCGCAUUACCCGGUUCGGACAAGGGCCUGUGGUCGAACUAGCCAGACGGAUAAGCGCCGCAGACCCAGUUCCCACACCUGUAACAGCCACCAACCCGCGCUUGUCCAGACGAUGGGAACGUUUUGUGCCUCGACGCUAUGGGUUCCGCGGAUGCAUCGCCGCCUGGGUCCGGGAUCCGAGUGGGCACAGGUGGAUGGAUCAUGGCCAUUGGCCCGAACAGACUAUUGAUGGCCGCGAUGCAAGGGGAGUCGAUACCUUUUGCCCCGUGUAGAUCGAAAACCGCUGCAGCGGUGACAAAUCAAGGGUCUGCGAUCCCCAUCCGACUCUCUUGGUCAUCGGGAUCAUGGCACGUUGAUUCGUCGAUCCGGUGCUGCCUCGCGUCUGUGCCCAUUUCUGAUACUAGAGAUGCCCCUCCAGGGAGGCCUGAAAAAAGUACUAGAUUUGGCCAUCGAAGUCUGCCGGAAGCUUCUUCAUGCUUCCCCGCGUGGCACUCAUGGAGGGGGAGGGGAGGGGAGGGGACCAAAGGUGAAGCAGUAGAAGUGACAAUAGAAGAGGGAGAGGCGCAGAAGGAGACGGUCCAGAAUGGAGAUGGAUGCUGCAGAUAAUCUGUAGGGGAAGCAGGGAAGGCGCAAACAAUACAUACAUAGUAUCAUUGUAGUAGGAAAUGCAAAGAAUAGAAUAGGAAGCCCCAAAAAAAGAAAAAAUAGAACGAAAAAAAAUAAAUAAAUGG